AUGGCGUCAUUCCCCAAAUCCGCUAUGGAAAAGUUGAUGGAGGAGGGGAGACCCAAGUCGAGCGCCGAAGCGAUCAAGGCGUUGGAGGACAGAAUUGCGACGCUUGAAAAAGAGAAGCGCCGCACGACCUCAGAAGAUUCCGGACCAAAGAAGAAAAAAUCGAAGAAAAAUGCUGCUGUUAAAAAUGAUGAUAAAAAGCAAUAA